AAGGGCUCCGAUAUAAAGUUUUAUGUCAAAGAUAUUCGCGAUGUACAAAAAUAAAAAUUAUGAACGUGACAUAAAUUAUACGUAUAAAUUGAAUCGAUUCGUUCUUCGUUUAUUGGGAAUCUGGCCAUACACGAACACGAGUUUUUGGAUUCUGCGAAUUUUGGAGAAGGUGUUGAUCUUUGGUUUUUAUGUCCUCCUCUUUUUUGAACUAACGUCUAUACUUCUUUACGUAUUAAUGGUGUUAAAAGGGACUCGCGCGAGAAUUAAACUAUCGGCAGCUGUGUUAUUCACGAUUGUGUCAAUCCUAAAAUACAGCAAUUUGUUGUACGUAAAGAAUCAAAUGAGGAGUUGCAUGGCGUAUGUCGAGAAGGAUUUUCAAAGUGUCACCAGUCCGUUUGCCCGUAACACAAUGCUCUUCUACACGAGAAUCGGCAGACGUUUAUUUAUACUGUGCGGUAUAUUCCUAUAUGGCUCCGGGAUGACAUAUCGAACAAUCAUACCGUUAGCAAGAGGAAAGAUUGUCACUGCUCAGAACAUUACGAUUAGACUCUUGCCAGUUCCUGCUUACUAUGUACUGUUCGAUCCGCAGAUCAGUCCAGCUUACGAGAUUGUGUUUUUCGUACAGUUUUUCACAGGCCUUUUCAAAUACACAAUCACAGUGGCAGCUUGCGGCAUUGCAGCACUCUUUUCGAUGCACAUCGUCGCACAAUUGGACAUCUUGAUGAUAUUAAUGAACAACUUGACGAACGAACACGAACUUGGGGAUGUGAACAGAAAAUUAUCAGUGAUUGUGGAGCAUCAAAUAAGAACGCGAAACUUGUUGCAUAUGGUGCAAAGCGUUAUACAGUUUUCGAGUCUACUUGAAGUCAUGACGUGCACUUUUAUGUUAUGCCUUAUUAUAUAUUAUGUUAUCAUGGAAUGGGAGGACAGUAAUACCAUAGUCAUGUAUACGUAUGUUAUUUCACUGAUAUCUAUGACCUUCAACAUAUUUGUUUAUUGUUUCAUUGGUGAGCAGCUCUCUGAAAAGGGAGACCAGGUAGCCUUAACGGCGGCUACGUUAGAUUGGCACGUUUUUCCGGAGGCAGAAGCACGGGCAUUAAUUUUAAUCAUGCUCAUGUCAAAUAAACCAGUAAAACUUAAAGCAGGAAAUUAUGUGGAGUUAUCCUUUAAGACAUUCGGGGCCGUUGUUAAGACGGCCAUGGGUUACUUAAAUCUCCUUUUAUCAGUUGUUGACUGAGUUAUAUGAUAUUUACUCAGUUAAAUACGCGUAGAAUCAAAAGUGCUAUUAAGUAUAGAAUUUUGAAAUAAAAGUAAUUUAAUACCAAAAGAAUAGAGAUCUCUACUCUUUUCUAGGGAUUGAAAAGGGCGUCGUAGAAUAAAACGUUUUAUAUAGCAGCUAAACAUAAAGAUAGAUAUUACAGAUAUCGGUACUAGGUGAAGUACAUUCCGUUACUUUCAAGUUUCUUUCUCUUUCUCAGUUAUUAAAUCACUAUUUAUUUUUGCUAAAGUCUAAGAAAUGUUUUAAUAUAAAAUUACACUACUACUGAUUUCUCCUACCAAGAAAAAGACGGAAUCUCGUUUACUGUUAUUAUCUUUUUGCAGAACGUGAAACGAAUCGCAGCUGUUUUACCCAGUACGUAAAUGUCUCCUACAUUUAAUGAAGAAAAGACAAUUUAAAGUUGUGAAGAACACCUUUUUCAUAGAAAAAUAUAUCUGAUUUUAAUAUAUUAUUCACAGAAAUAUUAAUACGUCUACAUUUUAUAAUAUUUUUCAAAAGAUAUAUAUUUACCCAUCUUUCCCUUAACGCAUAUACAAAUCGUGUUUGUAAGGUCGAUAUUCUGUUCGAAGUCAAUGGCCGUUUGAUAUCUCGGCGCGGUAUCAGUAAAAACCUUUCCUCAUAGAACUUUAACUUGUUCAAUAUUUGAAAUGUAGCCAGAAGAACUUUCUUCUUGUAUAACUCAAAAAUAGGCUAGCUAGCGAAGAUUGCCACGCAUAUAUUGUUAAUGAUUAGUUUUACCUGUCAUUUCCAUCGUUGCAACACGCAAGCGCGCGCGGAUAUCGAAUCCUGCUCGAAGUGG